GAAGGAGAUAAAUAUAGUGGAUAAAUGUUUAGGGUUAGUAAAUUUCUUUUCCCCAAGCCUUGCUGCGAGGAAAUUACUCGCACUGCACGACGUAUUCAGUUAAGACCACAGGAAUAUUAUGCUCAACACCGAAUGCAAUCGUGGCAAAUGAGGUUCAAGGAAAUGGGUCCUCUGUACUCUAAAGUUUGGGUGGCUCUUGGUGGAAAAAUGAGGCGGCGGCGCAUCGGUCGCCAGAUUGACAUCAAAGAUCUUCGCUACUAUUGGCGUCCUAUAGAACCUCAGUACCAGCGUUUGUAUAUGUCGAGGCUGCGUCAGAAAGGACGCAGCAAUAUAAAGCGGAUUCCAAUGCGGCUUCGACCUACUAACACAGAGUUAGGUAAGAUUACCUCGUCUAAAGAGUGGGAACGUGCGAGCCAUCGUAAAUAUGGUGCCAUGCAAGCACCACCAAAAAAAUUAGACUUUGAAUUCCGCGUUUUUUAGUUCUUUUUGGAAUUUUUAUUUUGUGUGAAAAGUAGUCAAAUUAUAUUUGCUGCACUUUAAAGAAAUAUUUUCUGACUGGAAGGUAAUAUUGAUGCUAUAUGAGUCAAUACGCUACAAAAAGUAGUGAUAAUAGUUGGAAUUCUUCCCUCCAGACGACUUCUAUAGAACGACACUCUUCCAGUUUCUAGGCUAUCACUACUUCAUACAUUUACCAUUUUAAAAAUAUACACAUAUCUAACAAUUUUCACCAAUUUAUGGUUGACAUUUGAAGGUAUAUAAAUUGUAGAUAUUUAUUUAUUACGGUAAUUCAAUGAUUGUUAUUAUUCUUUCCAAUCAAAAAGACUUUAUUGCUUCCAUAUUUACAAUUGAACUUUACUGACAAUGUUAGUACAGCCAAUGAAGCUUAAUGCAUGUCUAGCGUCAUGCAACUAACAGGUUUGUCAUGGAAAUAGUAA